AUGUUGGUUACUUACUGACCGACGCCGGAUGUGUGUGUAUGUAUGUGUAUGUAUGUGUGUUUCUUUUCUUCUUGUUCGCUCCCCGGGUUAAGAAGAGUUGCCUGCGGCGCAGUUAUGUAUGUGCCAUACAUAAGCGCAGUCGAAAUCCCGGGAGCCUGAGGAAUGCUACGAAGAAUCCGGCGAGCUAUGUAUGUACCUACAUACUGCAUGAACUCCAUGUACGGUUGUACCCUCUUCCCCCCUCUCUCUCUCUCUCUCCAGCGAGUGAGCGAGCAUACCGAUCAACGCACGGACAUUUUUCAAGGUUGCCAGCCAGCCAGCAUGAACGUUCAUCACCAUCAUGGUUCCGCAUCCGGAUCCGGGAUAUCUACGAUUCAUAUGUAUAGCGUGU